AUGCGCAGUACCAAUACCGAUACCGAUACCAACUCGAAAGUACCCAUUUUACCUCGUUCAUCCUUGAUAAUCACACAAAAGCCAAAUCCCAAAUUAUCUCCUAAACCAUUUCAGCGUGCUUUGCACUUAUCAAACUUACCUCCAAGUAUCAAAGCAAGUCAUUUUCAAUAUAUACUAUCUCAUCCUGUCCAUUCGUCGAGCAAGCAUAAGAGGACAAAAAGGGAUUCAGGAAUAAGUAUGAUACAGAUAUACCAUAUUCCAUUUGUUCAUCCGAAAUCUACCUUGGAAGUAAUACGAAAUUUCCUCAAGAGGAUUUAUUGUUCCCCCAAAGAUGAAAAUAAUGAUCCACAUACAGUAGAACCGUCAUGUAUCAUUCGUAAGCCCAUGGAAGAAGAUCAAGGUGUUAUAGGUACAGUUGAAGAAAGGGAAGUCAAUGAGAACGAAGAUGAUUCUCCAGAGGUAUCAUUGGAUGAACUUGUAGUGACUGGAAAAGCGGAGCAAGGAGAGAAAGUAGAUACUGUUGCUUGGAUUCAUUUCAGAAAUGAAGAUCAACUGUAUAGAGCGAAAGACGUUUUCAACUCAAUCACUAUUGACGGAAGGAGAAUCACAGUGAAAGUAGAUAGGUUCAAUCCUGGAUUGUUCAAGAGAAUGUUAAAUCCGAUAAUUGACAGGAAAACAACAAAUUGA